UGGACCCGGUGUGCGACCGUCACGUGUCUACACCACCGACAAGCUCAAGUGCAUUUGUUCAGUGGUUUUGUUUUAAUAGAUUUUGCCACCAUCAACAGAAAAGCAGAGAGCAUAACUUUUUGGAAUUAGGCCUAGCAGGUCCUCUUUGACGUUACGCUCUCUGCGGACUCUCACUUUCUUUCUCUCUCUCUCGCUCUUUUCCUUCGGGAAGGUCCAGAUUUAAGCAGGUUUAAUUUUCUUGAAGACUUCAGUGUGUUUAGUUUUUGUCAGGAUGUACAGUUUCAUGGGAGGGGGUUUGUUCUGUGCCAUCGUGGGCAACAUCCUGCUGGUGGUUUCCACGGCGACGGACUACUGGAUGCAGUACAGGCUGUCCGGCAGCUUCGCUCAUCAGGGCCUGUGGCGUUACUGCAUGUCCGGCAAAUGCUACACGCAGACCGACAGCAUCGCUUACUGGAACGCAACCCGAGCCUUUAUGAUCCUGUCUGCCUUGUCGUGUUUUUCGGGAAUCAUCGCAGGAAUUCUGUCCUUUGCUCAUUUUUCUGCCUUUGAGAAGUUUAACCGUUCCUUUGCUGCAGGAAUCAUGUUUUUUGUUUCCACACUUUUUGUUCUUCUUGCUAUGGCGAUCUACACCGGGGUGACCGUGAAUUUCCUAGGAAAGCGUUUUGGUGAUUGGCGUUUCUCCUGGUCCUACAUACUGGGCUGGGUCUCUUUGCUCAUGACUUUUUUUGCAGGUAUAUUUUACAUGUGUGCCUUCAGGAUGCAUGAAUGCAGAAGAGUGGCCGGCCCUCGCUAGAGCGAAAUAAAGCAUUAACUUUAUAUCAAGCCAAUGCCAAUCUCAUCCUGAUUUAAAUUUGAACGUAAAUGAAGCAAGUAGUCUACAUAAUAAAAGAUUUCUCCUUCAGCCUCUGCUGCUUCCCCACAUGAUGUUACAGCAUUACUUUAAUCUCUUUAAUCUCUAUACAAAUUUUCCCCUGAUGCACAUUUAAAAUGCAAAUUAUAAUCCAUAGUCAAAACUGAACAAUAUUUCAUGCACACACGCAAAAUCUUAAAUAAAAUUUCACAGUGUUUUCUUGUCA